AUGACACGCUUCUCGACACUACUCGCGCUCGGCUGCGCGACGCUCGGCGCGGCCCGCAAGCCUACGCUUGAAGAACGCGGUAUCCCCGUGGACCCGUCGGGCGUGAGGACCAUCACGUCGCCGCAGGGCGCGCAGAUCCGGUUCAAGCAGCCCGGAAAAGAUGGCGGCAUUUGUGAGACUACCCCUGGAGUGGAUGAUUAUGCGGGAUACAUCAGCCUGGACGAGAAGACCAACAUGUUUUUCUGGUUUUUUGAGGCGAGGACGGAUCCUAGUAAUAAGCCGUUGACACUAUGGCUGAAUGGGGGGCCGGGCUCGGAUAGUCUAAUUGGGCUGCUUCAGGAACAUGGGCCCUGCAAUGUCACCGAGGAUCUGAAGACGCAGCUGAACCCCUACUCUUGGAAUGAGGAGUCCAACAUGCUAUACCUUUCGCAACCAGUCGGCGUCGGCUUCUCAUACGAGACUACCGAGACAGACUCAGAAGGUCGCUAUUCCCUGGUCGAUCCUGAUACUGCCAACACCACCCACGCCGCUGCUGUCGGCGCAUGGCAUAUCCUGCAAGCUUUCCUGGAACUUUCUCCCCAGCUCGACCCCGACAUCCAGAAUUUCACCUUCAACCUCUGGACAGAGAGCUACGGCGGACACUACGGCCCAGGCUUCUACAAUUACUUCUAUCAACAAAAUGAGGCGAUCAAGAACGGCACCGUCCAAGGUUGCGAGCUCCGAAUGGACACCUUGGGUAUAAUCAAUGGCAUCAUCGACGAAGAGAUUCAGGCGCCCUACUACCCCGAAUUCGCAGUGAAUAACACCUACGGUAUUAAAUCCAUCAACGACACCAUCUACACCUUCAUGAAGACCGCGUACUACAUCCCCGACGGCUGCCGCGAUUGGAUCCAGAACUGCAAGUACGCGCUGCGCCAGGACGCCGGCUCCGAAGACACCUACUUUUACUGCUCGUCCGCAACCUCCAUCUGCCGCUCCAUGGUCGAGGAACCUUACUACUCGUACGGCGGCCGCGGCGUCUACGACAUCCGCCAUCCUUACGACGACCCCACGCCCCCGGACUACUUCAUGGACUUCCUCAACCUGGCAUCCACGCAGGAGGCGCUCGGCGUGAACAUCAACUACACUUCCUCCAACGCGCCCAACGUCUCCUACGGCUUCCAGACUACCGGCGACUUCGUGUACCCGCUCAUCGACGACCUGGAGGAGAUUCUCGGGUAUGGAGUGCGCGUGGCCAUGAUCUACGGCGACGCGGACUACAUUUGCAACUGGUUCGGCGGCGAAGCCGUCUCGCUUGCCGUGAACUACACGCACACCGAGGACUUCCAGGCCGCGGGGUACGUCCCCUUCCUCGUCGAUGGGGUCGAGCACGGAGAAACCCGCGAGUACGGCAACUUCUCCUUCACGAGGAUAUACGAGGCGGGCCAUGAGAUUCCUUACUACCAGCCUGCUGCGAGUCUGGAGAUUUUCAAGCGCGUGCUGCAGGGGCUCGUCAUUCCCGAUGGAAGCAAGGCUAUCACGGCGGAUUAUGCGACCAACGGGACCGCGAAGGCAACGCAUACGGAGGCUUUUGUGCCGUUGCCGCCGAGCGGGACGCCGAGUGCGAGUGCGAGUGCUGCAAUUUAG